AUGAACAUGGGUUCGACGAAGCUGGCAACUUGCUCCUUAACAAGAAUCGUUAUUUUGGUGUUGUAUAUAACCACACUUCAACCUACUUCAUCGCUUGCUGCUUUAAAAGCGGACGGUGUUGAGAAGUACGUGAUAACGAGAAGGGGAAGAUAUGAUUCUGACCUGUUCAGGGUCCUGUACAAAACUGGCUUCCAAUGCCCCUCACAUGUUUGUGCCAACACCUCGGCUUUAGUAAACAAUACCACACCAUGUAGCUGUUCGUGUAAUAUCAACACUCAAACCUUCCUCCCGGAAUUAGGCAGUUGUGGUGAUAAAGCAAGUAUAAAAAAAUCUCUGUUUGGAAGUAAGUAAAUUAAUUGACAUCAAAAGUAAACAAGAGUAAUUUGAUCUUAUCAUGAUUACGAUUUAACUACAUAUUGAAAUUUCCUUGUUUUUAUAAAAUAAUCGCAUGAUCAGUCAAACAAUUUAUGGAGAGUUACAAACAGCGGUACAAUAAACAAAUUACUGUGAGUUUUUUUCUGGUCGAGAAAUUAGUAAAAUUUCCGCACAACCCCAUCUGACAUUAUGCAUUUAGUUCUUAAUUGGAUAGAGAAAACAAUGACAAAAACAACACAUUGCCAUUGGGAAAACAGAUUUGUUUUACAGUAGUAUGGGGCUGUGUGGAAAUUUUACCUUAUCUAGCCCAGAUGUAGAACAAUACUAUGGUAUAGCCAUUUACAUAGCAUUAUCCCAGCAAUAGUAUUUUGCCCUGUGUUUAUUUUCAAGGUUUUGUUUAGGAGGAUGCAGAGCUCUCAAGUUUAUAGGCUGGCAGAGAGUGAGAGUUUCAAUCACAUAGUUGUAAAUUGACAUGCCACAGGCAUUGCAUGUGUGUGUGUAUGUGUGCAUGUGGGGUGGGGGGGGGAUCUUAAAUAUGUGAGAAACAAUCAUUUCAGAGUGAGAGUGCAAGAUUGAAUUCCUAUGCAUGAGUCUCAUGCUGAAGACAAUGUGAUUAUUGAGAGCUCAAUUUCUGGUGAUCUGCCUAUAUAAGGGGGACUUAGCUGGUUGAUACUUUGGAAUAGAAGAAGUGACUGAUUUUGUGGCCCUUCACAAGUCUUAGAUAAGCACCCUCUUUCUGGUAAGCCCCUCUCUAAAAUGAGCCUCUUGUCUACUUCAAGGACCCCUGGAGAGUAAUAGGCCUAGCAAACUGUUCAUUAGCAGGCUGGUUCACUAGAGUGUUUAUGGUAUGGGAACAAUAGAAGCAAUCCUUUUACCUGUGCACUUUAGAUUUUAAAAGAGAUGGAAAAGUUCACUUGAAGUAGAGAAAUAUUGAUUAUUAAAUGAAUUCAUCACAGAUGCAAGAGGAAUUUUCAAGGACAUUGAUUGUGCCAUUAAUAGUACCAAAAAUGUACAGGUUCUCUCGAAAUACUGUUUUGCCUCUAUGUUAAAUGACUUUAAUCAUUUGACAGAUCUGGAAUUCUAGUUGCCUGCAUGGAGGCUCUCACUUUAAUGGAAUUUAUAACUUUAUGAAAGAGGCCUUUUACAACAUAUCAUUAAUAAUUUAUGGAUUGCCUGCCUUCUGCUUUAAGAUGACCACAUUUCCAUCGGAAAAAAAAACCUCUCAGUCUGCUUUUGUGAUCACCUAGCUUGCUUGUUAAUUGUUACUGGUGAUAUAUAAAGUCUUGAUUACGCUGAAUUAGUUUUGUUGUCUUUGGUUAUUUUGUAGAUUGCUCAGAUGCACUUGGUAUGGAAAGUGGGAAAAUCAAAGAUUCCCAACUAAAGUCCUCUCGUAGUUUUCGAGGUUAUAGUCCUUCCGAGGGAAGACUAAAUAAUUAUAUGGCCUGGUGUGCUAGAUUUUCUACAGCAGAAGUGUUUUUAGAGAUUGAUUUACUUGAGGUCAGGCGUGUCUCAGCCCUUGCAACUCAAGGAUUCAAAGGGCAAUUCAUCAACUUUGUUAAAACAUUUGAGAUAAAGUACAGUUAUAAUGGCAAAACAUGGUUUGAUUACCAAGAUGACAAUGGUAGAACAAAGGUAUGAAUUUUAAACUUUCAAUUGGUAGUUUUCUUUUUGUGUCAAUAUUGAUGUUCUGGGAAAGAAUUUAUCAUCACUACACAUCCAAUUAUGCAGUUGAAACAGAAAAUAUUAACCAUCAGGCUUAAUGGAAGGAAUUGUCAUUAUCUUUGUGAUUCUGAAAAUAUUCAAAGCUGGCUGCUUUAUAUCAUUGGGUGUUGUAAUAUCUUUAUUUGAUAGAGACUGUUUUAAUUUUCUUGAAUUUAGGGAUUGAAAAUUCAUAACACUGAAUGAUUUGACCUUUAUAUGACUGUAUAUAUUAACCAAGCUUUUUUUUAUUAUUUUUUAAUUGAUGGUGAUAUCACAAGGAAAUUAAGACAUUCUGCAUUGUCAAUAUUCUUUUAUUCUGACUUAUGAAUUAAUGUUUCACUUAAUGUCCACUUUCAGGUAUUUACUGGAAAUACUGACACAGACACUAUUAAGUACAAUUACUUCAGGGGGACAUUUGAAACAAGAUUCCUCAAAUUAUAUCUUAAAGACUAUAACACAGCAGGGUUUAAAUGUCUCAGAGUUGAGGUAUAUGGAUGUAAAGACAAUGCUGGUGAGUGAAUUAAUGUGUGAAUCAAUGUAUGCAUGCUGAAUGUGGCUGCCACAUUUGAUGCUCCUCGAAGAAUUUUAUUAUUAUUAAUUAAUUAUGAACAGCUGAUUCAACCUUUGACUUUCUCUAAAAGAUGAUGCACUUUAAGACACAAAUGCAAUGAAAUUUAGGAGUGGGAACUUUCAGAAGCAAAUAGUUCAUGUUAUAACUGGCUUCACAUAACCCCAUAAAAACUCUUUAAAAAACUCUGCAUAACAGUUGCUGAUGAUUAUUAUGUUAGAAUUCUUCAAAAUAAAUGGUUGAUGUGUUGUCAUUUCUUUUUUUUUUUUUGCAGUUUGCUCUCGUUUCUUUGAGUGGCCCUUUUUUCUGAAAUCCCUUAACCUUGCAAAGGAAGGACAUGUGAAUAUAAAUUCUGCUGAUAGCUAUCAAAGCUGUCAAGUGGUUCCUGGAAGCGCAGCAUACUACAAAUAUCAACUUGGAAACAAGUGGAUGGCAAUAAACCAAGACAUCUUUAAAGUUGAAGAAGUACAAGACAAACUAGUUUUUAAGGUUAUGUAUCCAGGGUUUAUAUCCACUAAGAGCCGAACCUUUCACAACUGCUUUUAUGCACAGGGCUCUGGAUAAAUUGAUUGAUUUUGUGUUCAUUAAUUAUUUAUUUCAUUAGUGGGCAGAUACCACAGACGAAAACAUUUUGGGAAGAAUUGUACAAAUAAAGGUCACUUGUAACUAUUCAGCAGUGGCAUCUAGACCACCUAAAACUGCUUGUCUGAUUUUCAAGACCUCAGGACAAAUAAUUUGUGAGUAUGUUUUCCUUGAAAUUUAUAAGAAUUGAUACAUGUAGCUUUUUAACCUGAGAUAUGUCAAGAGUUUGGAAGCAGUAGAGUAACUAUCUUCUAAAAUUUAUAAUUCUUGGUGUUUGUGGCAGCUCAUUAUACAUGUAACUCUAAGGGUUGUUAAUCCUCACGUUCCAAUGAUUAUUUGAUAAGGUUCUAUAACUAUGUUAUGUGCACCUUCAUAUUGCUUGUAUAGCUUUACAUAAAAUACUAAUUUUUGUAAUGAAUAAGGCAUUUUUAGUGUACUUGACACUGUUCCUUUGCUGGAGGUUGGUUUAUUGCAGUGCUAUCCCUGCAUAUUACUUUAAGUUUACUUACCAUCGGCCAGUACCUAUUUAUACUCCUGUGAUGAGAAAGAGGCUUGAUCUGAUUGUUAAUUCUCCCCUUUGGCUGCUACACAUUCCACACAUAAAUUAGUAACAAUAAUUUGGAGUUAGAUCAAGGGAAAGACUUGUACCUGAUAAGGUUGUGUAUUCUAAUUACCUGUCUGCUACUUGAUGUAUGAAUAUUUCAGGGAGAAUUUGCAUGUUACUCACUUCUGGGAGUUAAUGGGUUAAGUGUCUUGCCCAAGAGUGCUACCUGUAUAUCUCUGGCCAGCUGGGCCCAAACCCAGACCUUUUUGGUUACCAUGUCUGACAACAGAUCAGCCGUGGCAAAUUAUUUUUCAAUCCAGUAUCUUACUUAAUUACUAGUGGGGGCUGGGUAACAUGAAAUGGAUUAGCAUCUUAUUGAGGGGGGUUACCUUUGCUUUGUGUACAGUAACAAAUAUGGGAAAACAAAGAUCAGGAAUUUUUCACCAUUGUUAACAUGUAUCUCUUACUUUUCAGUGGAUCUAAGCACUAUGGCAAAGACAACACCAUAUAUUCCUUUAGUGACCACAGCGACUUCCGAGGUUUGUGCAGGAUGUAGUCUUCAUUAUCAAAAGACUGUUGAAUGUUCCGUUCUGUUUGUUCUUUAAGGUGGUUGAUGAACUUGUAGAAGGUGAAAAUAGAAAUGUUUUUCGGUUUACAAAAGAGGACAGUUCCUCUGGUGCGAAGAGAAAUAUAAACUUAAUUAGUGUAGAGGUGCUUCGCCCGCAAGCAGGUUCCUAUGAUAAACGCUGUUAGACGCGCGUUUUCCCGCCCGCGGGAAGAUGUAAGACGAGUCAGGGAGAAGUUUGCCGGGGUAUGGCACUAGUAAUUACAGUGCUAGACCCCUUGCAGACGUCUCACUGGCUCGCGAUGCUUAAGGCUGUAUAUUUUCCAGCGGGCGAAGAAAUUCUAAGAGCUAAAAGUAGUUGUCAUAAAUAUUUGAAACUAAAAUAAGCCUAGGGUUUAUGUCUUUCAAGAGCCUUCUUUAGCGGCUCCCAUUUGGAGUGCCAUAUGAUUGGAGUUACUAUUUGUGUUUAUGAAGCGGUUUCCAGGUUUUUCAACUUGUCUGUCAGAGUUAAUAUAUCCAAUAAAUGUGACAGCAAUGGGGUAAGGGUUGUGCAGUUCAUCAAUUUAGUAAACCAACAACAAUUAACAACUAGUCACCGAAGUGGAGGUGGUCAUUGGUGGAUAUGGUUUAUACCACUAGACUUUUUUGUCUACGUAAUUUUAGGAGGUUAUUUAUCUAUUUAUUUAUUUAUUUUUUCAUUUAUUUAUACAUGGUAAAAAAUUCAUCAGGUAUAACAAAUUCUAAUACAAUGACUAGCAUCCUAAAACCUAAAAACCCUAAUCCUAACAUUAUAAUAACUUACAAUAUGCUAUUAAAAAAACUGAUUUCCACGAAUGCCGUGUUUAAAAAUUUCUAUAGAGAAGGCGUUUAAAUUGAUUUAAUGAUCUAGACUCUUUAAUGCUACAGGGCAAGCUAUUCGAAAAGGUUGCGCCGCUGUAACUAAAAACUAUUUUUCAUGUAAUUAGUUCUUGAAAAGGAGACAACAAGUUUGCUUACCGAGUCCCUCAGAGAAUAGUUUGAUUCAUUUCGCUCUAUAAAUUAAGACGUGAGAUAUUCAGCCUAUGAACAGAGUAGAUUUUAUGUAGACUUUUUAUGAUAUACUGGUUGUAUGGAGUUGCAUUUUUAAGCUGUAGACCGCAUUUUCUAUUGGUUUCUAUAGUAGCAUGUUGGAAGAACGCUAGAAAAGUUUGUAAAUCAAGAAUCGGAGGCGAGUGAUUUACAAAAUUUUCACGUGUUAUCGCAACAUCCCAAGUGGGACACUACGCCGGUAAACCGGUAGAAAGUGCGGUUUAUUAGUUUUAUUAAACAAACCUGCAACGUUUCAAUUUCUUAUGGGUUUACUGGUGCAUUCAGAUAAACGAGUGGUUUUUGAUUAAUCAGGUCGAUCGUCGUAUCUCAGUCAUUUUAUAAAUAAUUAUAAGCCAAGGGUUGUGCAGUUCAUCAAUUUAGUUAACCAACAACAAUUAACAACUAGUCACCGAAAUGGAGGUGGUCAUUGGUGGAUAUGGUAUAUACCACUAUACCACACAAAUAAAUACUUUUUUUUCGCGCGCUGAUUGGCUAGUUCGGAAUUGAAUAGGAAGUAUCAUUUACCUUCGAGGAGCGGAAGAGACAAAGUUUCAUUUGCGACCAUAUUUCGAUAUAUUGAAAGAAGUAAACUAGGUUUUCGUAUUUGUGUGGUAUGUACUAAAACAAUUAUUUUCCUCAGCUUCGAUGAAUAAUUGUUUAAUAUUCCUUGCAGAUGUCUUUAGUGACAGAACCUGUGGGAGGCACUAGUGAUAAAGAUGCAAGAACGAGUGUGAGCAACAGUGGAUCUGGAGUUUUGAUUGGUGUUGCUGUGGCAUGUGCAGUUGUAUUUGCAAUUAUCCUUAUUGUUCUUGUUGUGUUUUGCAAGAGGAGAAAAUUGUAAGUUUGAUCAACUACAUAUGCUUGUGCAUGUGCGUGUACAACCAUUCUCAGAUGAAAUGGCUCUCAGAUGGUGCUAUUAAUUUAUGAUAAAAAAUCUAAUAAUGAUUGUGUUAUAACAUCAGUAUUUGUAUUCUCCGUACUUUCUCUAUACAUUUCCUUUGGUACUGACAACGAGAAUUCAUUUAACAAUCAAAGCUUCUUGGGUUUGGCAAUCAUUCCCUUUGUUCUCAUGACCGUACAGAAUGAUCCAGCAGUAAUACUUUAGGGAGAAACUAGAUGACAAUCACUCAGGGGUUUUAAAUGGUUGAAAGGAUCUUGCAAGAACUGGAAAACGGCCCUGAGAGACUCAAGUUAUGAAUGUUUCAACCGGGCCGAUACCAGUGGUAAUCAGAUUUAAAUGGUCAAAUCGUAAAAUUACUCUCAAAAGUAUCUUCUGCCACAUAGUUGAUCGCUCCUUGUGGUAGUCUUUUUGACAAUUUUGUCAGAUUUUUUUUGAAUCUCUAGAUUUAUCACAACUGUUUUUUACCUUGUGUUGAACAAGAUUGAUUUUUCAUAGACUUUACUAAAACAGAAACAUUUUAAGUACGUUACAACUGAACAACUCAGCAUUCUAAAUAUAUUUUGUAUUGGAAUUUCUUACUUAGGAAAAAAAGUCAGCAAGGAACAUCGUCAACAGGUAAAUGAUCUUUUCUUUAGCAGUUAUCUAACUUGAAUAGUGCAGCAAUGUGUCGUGCAAUAAAUACCAUAUGAAGCCACUAACCUGUUUUACUUAAUCAAUCAACAGUUCAAAAGAAUAUGAGUUGGUGUCAUUCAGACCCCAGUCACAGCCAAGUAUGGUCUCCCUUGCAGCCGUUAUUUAGUCUCCUCCAAGAGAAUAUCAGCUGAUGUUCUCUUGGUCUCUUCACACGACACGCUUUCUUCCAGACCCUUUUUGCACAUUGUUUGGCCACUUCUCUUAACAUGCGCACUGCAAAUUUCAAGACACAUAUCACGCCUUGUUCCACAGAGCGCAGCAUGUAAAGGCAUAUAAUGAAUUUGUAAAGGAACAUCUCACAUCUCGCUUUCUUCGGGAGCAUGUUGGACGUUGUUGGGUCACGUCACACAACACGCUUCCUUCUUAAGCAUUUUGCAUUUUAUUUGGUCUCGCCGCACAACACAACUCCCAGAGCACUCUGUAUGUUGUUUGACCACGUUACACAAGACUCUUUCACGCAGACUAUUUUGCAUGUCGUCCAGUCACGUCACACAAUACGCCCUCUUUUUGUUGUUUGGUUACGCCACUCAUCCCACUUUCUUCUAGAGCGUGUUGUUCGCUGUUUGUCCGUGUCACACAAUACUCUCUCUCCCAAAGAGUGUCGCGUGACAGAACUACACAACAGCCGUGAAUUAUGAUUCAUUGAAACUAAUAUUGAAAUAAUGAAAAUUUUCCGAUUGUCGUGUGAUCAUUUAAUCUAACAUUAACCAUUUUAUCUUAUUUCAGUACAGGAAAACGUGUAUGGAAAUUCACAGUUUGAAAUCCCAGAAAGAACAAAAACGGGAAAGGAUGUCAAACCUUUCAGUGAUCAAGAGAAUCAACCAACUUACCAGGACAUUGUCCAAGACAGUGGUGAGUAAAAGUAAAAUCCCAUGACUAAGCCUUCUUGUAUGUUUAAACCCUUACCUCCGGCCCAGAAGUGAUUAACAUGUAAGUUCUCACUAUAAUAUCCAUACAUUAUCCAGCAAACAGGUAAUGAGAAUACUCAAACUUCUUGAACUAGAGGUUGUUAUCUUGAUCUAACACCAAAUUCUCGUAACUAUUUUUACAAGGAAAUAUGUAGCAGCUAGAGGGGAGGAUUAACAAUCAGAUCUUGGGAGUUAUUGGGUCAUUGUAAGUGCAAGAGAAUGCUUAAUGAUGGUAGAAUUUAUAUGAAGCAUUGUGAUAUUUUGAAUUUAAUGUGCCCUUGGUUCCCCAUUAUCCUCGCCAGAACCAAUGUAUGGAGGAACGAUUUACAGCGCACCCGAAGUAAACCGAUAUGACAACCGCGUUUACCAAAGCCUGGACGACAACGUUUCGCAGACAUCAGGAUACCAAGCCCUGAAGAAAGGACAUCAUGGCACAGGGCAACCAACGGAACAAUCAAGUGCAAUGACAGAGCCUGUCUAUAACUCCCUUGAAAAGCCUGAUAUUGCGCAAGAAAAUGUAGAUGGCUCCCUGUAUAAUGUACUUGAAAGGCCCCCUGCAGGUAGGAGCUGUAAGGUGCUCCAAGAGGAAAACCCUUUAUAUAAUGUGUUUGAGGGGCCCGAUCCCAGGCAAGACCAACAGGAACCUCUUUAUAAUGUCCUAGGUAAUGGCCUCGAUACUAAUGGUAGACCCCUCGAAGAUGGUGCAAAUGAUGAAUACUUGUAUAAUGUGCUUGAGAGGCCUGGCCCCAAACAGAACCAACAGGAACCACUCUAUAAUGUCCUAGAUAAUGGCCCUGAUACUGAUCGUGGGCCCUUUGAAAAUGGUGCAAAUAAUGAAGGCCUAUAUAAUGUGCUUGAGGGACCAGAUUCAGAUGCUGGACCAAAUAGUAGUGAGGCAGAGUAUGCAGCUCCAAGAGAGCCGUGUUCUCCCGGUAGCCGUAACAACCCAUCCUAUGAGCAAACUCUGGAGUUAAAUGUACCUUAUGAACAAAGCGAGGUCAACAACGGGUCAGUGUAUGAGGCCCUGAGAGGCGCUAAUGGCGCUGACAUAUACCAGCCUUUAACAGUAACUUAAGUUGUAAGCUUUAGAGCUUAGCCAAAGAAAUUACAGUGAAUAAAUAUAUUUUAGUACUGUAGAACCUUGCUUACUCGAACCUGAGUGGGAUCCUGGACUGCCCUCCAACUUGCAGUUGUAAAGCUAUACCCCUUUAAGUAAUUUUUUAGUUUUUUAACUAUCGGGAAACUCGAACUUCCCGAUUUCUCCUUCAGGUUCCAGUCAGGGGCGUUCUACCGUAGUUUACUUUAUUUUUUCUUUUUUAAUAAGAACAAAGAAACUGAAAAAUCAUUCAAAGUAGGCAGACAGUGUUAAAUGUUAGUUAGAAUUACCUAGAACUGUUUCAAACCUUUGAAAGGUUUUUUAAAAAAUACUUUGAACGUAUGCCAAGUGUAGAAACAGGGAUUAUUUUGACCAAGCCUCGUUGGAAUUGUAUUUGUAUUAGAGGGUCUUAAUAGAGCGAUGGCUUUUACGGCGAACAGUUAAAGUUUUCGUCAUAUUACGGCUAACGGUUAACUCAAAAUGGCAUCGUAGAUCAGAAAUAUAUUUACGUUUAAACUUUAGAUACGACUAACGGUUGAAAUUCGUCAAGUUUACUUUUAACGGUUAAUUAAAUCUUUUGCUGUAGAGUAUGGAAUUAUUAAGACCAACUAUCACAUACCUUUGUUGCUACGUCUUUACUUCUGGCGGCCAACAUUCCAGCCUAUGUUAUCUACUUGCACUACGUAAUAACCGAGGUUCGUACUGGAAGUUGUGGACCGCGUUUUUUAUCGCGCGCAGGCCUUAAAUCCGAGCGGUAAAACAAGGUUCUGUAACUUACAGCACAAACCGAGAAACGAAGUUAAUAACAUUUUUUUUAUUAUAUCAAGAAGAUGCAAAUCAAACAAACUUUUGAAUUUUGCGGGCUAUACCGUCACAUAUACAUUCACCAAUCAUAGCGCACCUACUCAGAUAUAUUAAUAAGAGGCUUGAUAAUAUGUGGAAAUAAGCAGUCAAUUGCGUCUCAGCUGAGUUUCGUUAUCUCAAUAGGAUGAAACUUUUAAUAAUUUAGGUAACUUUUAAGAAAUUAUUAUAGAGAGACGUCCUCGUGGAGGAGUCACAAAUAUAUUCUUUGAUCGA